GUCCUAGAUGUUUUGUCCUAGUGUAUUCUACUUAGGAGUUUAUCAGGUCAGUGUAGCUCUUUAAAAAACAAAACAAAACAAAAGAGCAACAAAGUUUUUUAUAUGAAGCAUGGGCUGAAGUGUCACUGCAUGAGCUACGUAAUCAUGAACAAUCUGGUCUAUGCAUAACUGAAUAGAUUUUUCCCCUUCAGACCAGCUUUCUGAGGAAGGAGAAGAAACUAGAACUCCCGUCCAGCAACCAGCUGCGAAAGGCAAAAAUGGAUUACGGGUGAUUUCCACUCGCAAAGGCAGUUCUACUGCUACUAAACAAGAGGGCAAUCUGAAUUUUGGAAUAAAAACACUUGAGGAAAUCAAAUCUCAGAAGAUGAAGGAAAAAAAUAAGAGACACGGUGAAGGUUCUUCAAGAUCUUCUCUUCGUCCCAUUGAUUCUAUGAUUUUUCCUGCUCCAGAAAAGGAAAACGUCCGGACAGUGGUGAGAACUGUGACACUGUCUUCCAGGAAAGGGGAGGAACCUGUGGUUCGACUAGAUCUUGCUGAUAGACAAGGAAAACAGAAAGCCUCCGCGGACGAUGUAAGCACCCUUCCAGUGAAGCGCCGCCUUGCUGAAAGGCUGGGGAAGAAGGUAGAGGCUCCGGGAAAUGCUGACAAAGCACCCAAGAGAGAUCCAGUUCAAGUUGCCAAGUCUCUGAAGGACAGGCUGGGAUUACCUCCUAAACAGACCAGUACUGAGAGAGGGAAGGCUGCUAAGCCGAUGGGAGAGAUCCAUGUGAAAACACUGGAGGAAAUCCGUCGUGAGAAAGCUCUUCAGAGACGCGAAACUCAAGCCAAAGCCGAGGCUGAAGGGCAUGGUAAAACUGAAGAUUCCAGCGCAGGGGCAAGACCUGCUCGUGCAGCUCCCUCAGCACAACCCGGACCUGCCCCAGCAGAGCAGAAAUCUUUAUGGAGCACAAAACUAACAGGUGCUUUAAAAAAAGAAAAGAAGGCAGUGGAAUUGAACCAGCCUUGUCCUAAACUUUCCUCUGUACCUGAUGUACAGCCCACUCAGCAGAGUGGAACUCGUAAAUGUCCAGAGAAGAGCUUUGAAGAGAGACGGUGGGAGAAGUGGCAACAGCGAGAACAACAAGAGAAGCUUGGGAAGGAGGAAGCUGCUGUCAAAUCUACUGCUGGCUUCUUUCAUACUGAACCAGCAGGGAAAGUGGCAGCUCAAUUUCAGGGCCGGGAAGCUAAAACCAACUUGAUGACAUCUGCGAAGCCUUCGGGUGGGAAAGUCACUUUCCCCAAGAAGAAGGCACUGAAACGUAAGGCACCUGGGAGUUAUCCCUCUGCCAUAGCAGCUGUGGAACUCCGGACUGCCUUGGAUGCUGACAUGAUGGGACCUCCAGCCAAAAAAGCAGCCAUGGGUGUUUCAGACGUGCCGGAGCUCGUCCCAGCCAUCAGACUUGAAGAAAAUGCCCAAAACAGACCUGAAGUGCGUCUUGGAAGCCCGGCAAGACUAGAGGAGCAGAUGGAGAUCGAUCUCGAGACCUCGACCUCAGCUUCUUCCCAGCUAGAAGAGGCACGGACACGCCGGCUGAGUUCCACAGGGAACGCGCCCUUAUCUGCGGAUGAAGAUUUGGAGAAGCUACUUUGGGAAAUCUCAGGAGGCAGACUGGAAGCCGAGAUUGACUUAGACCUAGGGAAGGACGAGGAUGAGCUCCUCCUUGAACUCUCCGAGAUGAUUGACAGUUGAACUGCGUAGUCCUAUGGUAUAUUUAAAAAAAAAAAAAAUUGAAACUGUUCUUCUUGUUGGAUACCCCGAGGUGAUCCUUUUUCUAACUGAGGCUUUGCAAUGAGACUUAAAGCACAGUCCGAACGGGUAGAAAUUGGCAGGAUCUGCACUCAGUUGUCCUAAAUUUCCCUGCUGGUCAGAGUUAAGGGCUUGUGCAUCCGUUCUGUAACUAUAGGUGGCUACCUUCGCUAUUGAGAGGACAAAGCACUUCUUUUGGCACAGAAAGAUCUCCAUUGGCACGCCACGGUGGCUGCAAAUCGAUCUUCUGAUGGAGCGAUGCUCUGAAGGCUUAAACGUAAAGCUUCUUCCUUCCUCCCCCCUUGGCACAACUCGAUGUUGGGCACAUUGUGAAGCUUCGGUGUUCUGAUUUCUCGGACAGUUGAUAGCCAAAUCCUGGAGUUACUAUGUCAACUCUUGACUUUUACUCGUGUAUGCCAUUGUUUUGACUGUACCCGUGUCAGAUGAUGAAGCUGUAGGGGUGUGAGGGAGCAGAAUCGUUAUUCCAGUGUGUUGUGGACCAAGCUUGCUGCCAGGACUGGGGGUGGGGGUCAUCCCACCCAGCCUUACUUUCAGUUAUCAGGGAUGAUCAAAUGGUGAAAAGCAGCAGCUCUGCCAUGCGGCUCCGCUACCCCCACUCCCUUCUCUUGUGCUGUACCAAAGUUCCCCCAGGCUUUGGUUGGUGCUUUUUGCUGGUGUGAGGACUCCGGGGCGAGAAGUCGGGACUCUGCCGCAGUCUGAAAGGGUAACCCCUCCUUUUUAGUGGCUUUUUCUUGCUUACACAUUAAUCUUACAGACCAGGCUGCCACUUACAAGGAACAAACCCCUAUUUUUAGGGUCACAAUUUUAUUAUAACCUUAUUAUUGCCACAUCAGGGCCCAGGGACCAUCUCUGGAACCGGGAGCAGGGCCUCUGUGGCAGGUCCUGUCCCAACGGACACAACGGACCUGGUUCCCUGCAAUGCGGACUUCUUAGAUGGCGAGGCCUUAUUGGAGAGGAACAGCCCUCCUUUCAAAUUCCCAAAUCCUCAUGCUAGGAGAUGAGGCCUGAAUGUUAGAGUCCAAAGCCUCCUCUUUGGGUCCAAACACCCAUCUGGAGGGAUCAAAGCAUCACUUUAGGAUCCAGACAGAGGAAGCGGGCUGCGCUGUGCAUGAUUUUUAGGCCCCAGCAUCACAUAUUAGGGCAGAAAGCCUCUUCCUUGGACUCUAAAGCCUUGUUUGAAAGGAUAAUUCCUCCUUUUUAGUGGCUAAUGAUUUCUUGUAUCCCCCUAACUCCCUCUCUCAGCCAUCCAACCCGCAGGGCUCAGGACUUGUUGAUGCUCUAAGGAAAAGCCUGAGGAGACAGAGAGCUGUGUGUCCAGCCCACAGGGCGCCGGACAACAGGCUGGCCAGGACAAGGAGACAAAGAACAGGCAGGCAAACAGCGCGAAAGAAGCAGGAAAGCUGGAGGAAGAGGUUCUGCCUCUGUUCUGCUGCUGGCUGGAAAGCGGAUCUGAGAAGGGACAGCCUCGUUCGCAGCUGCUCGGAAGAGAGCCCCAGCUCGUGUCUGGAAUGCUCUGGUGUCCCCAAGGCUGCCAGCACUGGGAACAGCCUGUUUAUGGCGGUGCCUCCCCUUUCCUGGUCUCGCAGAGAAAGGGAAGCCCAUGCAGGACCCCGUUGGGAAGGCCUGCAAUGCCAUGGGAGGGCCUGCGUGCUGGAGCAGGGCAAGAGAGCGGGGACAAGCGGCAGAAGAGGCUGGAGAGGGGGGAAAGGUGUCC